AUGGACUUCGCCAGGAGUGAACUAGUCCAACGGCAGCCUGCGCUGAAUGCCACCACCACCACUACAGGGUUCCUUGGUGCAACAACCGACCCUGCCCUCGACACUGCAUCACCAGAAAGGGUAUCAACAGCUGCCUGUGGCAGGUACAAAGACGAGGUGAACGACGACCUUGCGGACGGUAUGACUACACCAACCAGACGGUCAAACUCUUCUAUCGGGUCACCCUCUUCUUCAGACGACUUUGAUGUCUACUUUUCUACCCCACCUCCCAUGCCUGCCUUUACAUACCCACCCUCCCCCCCUCGACCAGCAUACAAUGCAGCUCUUGAACACAUCGCUCGUCGGCUUCAACCCUCUCGACAACCCGAAUCACCUGUCAUUCCUGUGGGCUCGCAUCAAUACGACACCAGGGCGGGUGUUACCUCGGGCUGCGACAACCAAUCUAUCUACAAGAGAUGGUUCUGUGCGCAGCUCCCAGAUUCUCCACCUACCGAUGGUCCUCUCCCUGACGACUUGAUCCCUAGGAGACCGCUGACUUCAAUCACCGGUUCGAAUCGAUGCCUUUGGCCACCGGAUAGUACUUUUUUGACCAUGUCUACGGGUGCCACGUUCCAAGAUUUAUCCUUCCAGAAUCAUGAUCGGGGGUUCAAUCAUCAACAGAGCACCAAUAAUGGAGCUACUUCAUCAACUCUGGGAAGUGGCGCCACUUCGUAUAUGAUCCCCGCAGCAACGAUGACCCCACAAAAGAACCACGAUCGCUCAGACAGUUUCAAGGACAGCGGGGAAUGCCUGUUGGACUUGCAGCCACGCAGAAAGGCCAGACGCACGAUGGAUGGCCCUUACUUCAAGGAGAGGAACGACCGCAUGGUGGCUAGCCAUGUGCAGAAACUGAUCCAGGAGGCUGUUGAAGACGGUGUUGGAGAACUGGACCUCAGUAACCUAGAGCUGACUGACUUGCCACCAGAUAUUCGCGACUUGAACUAUGCGAUUGUCUACAAUGAAUGCGGAUCGUUCGCGCUGUCAAUGAACCGACUGAAGUUGUUCUUGAGCUCCAACCAGUUCAUCACCAUACCCAUGCACGUCUUUGAGCUCCACAAUCUUUCUGUCCUGUCCCUGAGGAACAACAACAUCAAGGCCAUCCCCCCAGAGAUUGGACUUCUCUACAACUUGGUUGAGCUUUCCAUCGGCGGUAACCUCUUGGAACAUCUGCCCUCUCAAAUCACGUUUUUGCCAAAACUUCAUAUCCUUACCAUUCAUCCCAACCCGUUCUUGAUGUGCCCUAUACCAGAAGGCGGGGUUGUCGAGCAGGACCCCGCCGAGCAACAACAGCAGCAGCAGCAGGAUCCUACUGGAGAUGAUGUUGACGACAUUGGCGCCCAGCAGGAUCUGGAGGAAGACCAACAACAACAAAGUGUACCAGAGACGCCUACGAUGAGCAACUCUGAACUCAUGGAAUCGCAGAGCGAUGAUAUCGAAAUGUCGCCGCUCCAGGAGCAGGGCUCGCAGGCCGGACCCAGUUUCCAUGGCGCUGACUCGACAGACGAAGCACACCUGGGUCAUGAUGAUAUGGAUCAGCAGGUAGCAGCACCAGUCCACCCGCAGAGCGCGACGCCAAUGACGCGUGUACAGUUGCCGCCUCACAGGGUAUUUCGCUCUCGGUUCCCUACACUUGCCCACCUUGCAGGGAAUGUGAUCCUGAACUACAUGGACGCUCAGACGGCCAAGGGAGGAGGAGACGAAGGCGCGGAUCGGCCACGAAAGGAUAGCAAGAUAUCGAUGGAAGAUGACGACGAUUUCCUGGAGGAUCCCACGGGACUGUGCACCGGUGGGGAUGUGACCCUGAACGACGCUUGUAUCGGUCGCAGGAAGCAGUCAGCGGUAAGCAAGAAGAAGGCAAGGCAGGUCGAAUUUUUCAAGGAAGAAGUCCUCAAGGAGUACAUGACGCCGUACCUAUUUGAUAUCUUCAAGCGAGCAAUGAUCAACAAUCGAUGUGGCGGGUGUCAAAAACGGUUCUGGAAGCCGUGUCGGAUUGUGAUUGUCUGGCAGGACGUGCUGGGACAGAAGCGGGUCCCUAUCCGGUGGAAGGGGUGUGGGAUUGGGACGUGUCCUGGCGUGCCUGACACCCUUUGGCCUCGGCAGACGGAUCCAGACCUGGCGGGUCGGUCCUCACGCGCUGAUGGGUCACACUCGUCGCCCUCUGGAGCCAUCAGGAUGGCAUCGACUGACUCCUAG